CCAAGCAUCAUAUUAUUUAAUAUUGAAGUAUUAUAUAGUCCAUUUGUCAUUUGUUUAUCGCCUUUCCACUGUGGAAAGUGUCUGUUUCUCGUGCAAUUCUGUUGGGGUUGCUUGUGUUUUCUCGGCGUUGGUUUGACGGAUAGGGCGUGUCAUUUUGGUCUUCUGUGAGUCAUGCCCUCCCCCAUAGUGAGUCGAUGGGAUGCCAUAGAGAUGCUGAAUGGCGGUAUAGCCUCUGCCAUUGCCACAGUGUUCACCAAUCCGUUGGAUUUGCUCAAGACCCGAUUGCAAGUGCAAGGCGAAGGGGGCCAAACCAUGAAGUACGGAAACACGCCCUUUUCCGCCCUCAAAACUAUCGUCAGAGAGGAUGGAUGGGCGGCACUUCAGCAUGGUGUGUCGGCGGCAGUGGCCUACAACUUUAUCAUCAACAGCGUGCGGCUAGGGUUCUUCGCCUAUUGUGACAAUAAAGGUUACAUGAAGGAUGCCCAGGGGCAGACCCAUUUGCCCAUGGUGUUACUCUGCUCGAGUACGGGUGGAGCCUUGGGAGCGGUGGCCUCCAAUCCGUUUUAUUUGCUCAAGACCCAGAUGCAGACUCAGAGUUGCACGGGUGUAGGCCAACAGCACGGUCAUAACGGAUUGAGAGACGGGCUGCGGUCUAUCUAUGCGUCUCGAGGGCUGGCUGGCUUCUAUCAGGGUACAUAUGCCUUGAUGAUGAGAAAUCUAAGCCUUUCAUCGGCGCAAUUGGUGUCCUUUGCUGCCAUUAAAGACGCCAUCGAAGACUUAGCGUUAUUGCCAGCCAACAGUAUGUGGAUCUCGUUUGCGGGUGGAGUUCUUUCCGGAUUUGUGGUCAUCGGGGUGGGUACACCGUUUGACGUGACCUCGGUCCGAUUAUCCAAUCAAUCGGUGGACGACAAAGGUCGAGGGAAAACCUACAAGAGUUACACGGAUUGCUUUAUCAAAGUCUUAAAGCACGAAGGCAUCCGAGGGCUUUACAAAGGCGCCAUUCCCGCCUAUGUACGGAAGGGCCCCCAUAACCUUAUUCAGUUAUUCAUAUGGGAUUAUCUGCGGGUUGUGAGCAGAAAAGUGUUACCUGAAGAAGCCAAAUAGCCGAUGCUAAAGGCUUGUUUGUUAUUAUUGUAGUGCCAAAUCGUGAUAAUAAAGUUCUAGCUGAAUGUAGUUUCAUGAGAAUAAUCCCCAAGCCCCCACAGACUGAUUAUUUUCGUCCUUACAG